GGGCACCCCCCAGAGAGAGCUGAAAACGGUGACGUUUGUGUAUUCAGAUCUCACUCAACUGAAUGUCAAGAUUUUGUUUUGCAGCAGAUUCAGCACAAAAGAAGCGUCCUCUUCCUCACAAUCUAUCUCAAAAGAAUCCUACGGCUUCAUAGUUUUCAUUCUACCACUUUGUUCUUUCGUUUUCAUUAGCUUCCUCCACAUUUUUAUGUCUCCAAAUCCUACGUCCCAGGAAUACAUUCUCUGCACAGGAUUCUUGUUCCACCGACCACCAUGACUGAACCUUUCAAGUUCAAACUCCUCCUAACGAUUAGGUUCAUCACUGUCAUUUUAUUUCUGGCCCAGCUACGCUUCACCGGUCAGUUUCAGCCGCAGUUACAACCUCUAGCUCUGCCGCUUGAGACCCGAGAAGUCAGCUACGAUUCGGUCCCCAGGCCCCCGAGCAAGCUCCCCUUCCGCCACAAUGUCAGCCUCACCGUGUCCCUUAUGGCAGGGACACCGCCCCAGAAUGUGACCAUGGUGAUCGACACUGGGAGCGAGCUCUCGUGGCUCCGCUGCAACAAGACGGCCCAGGCCCAGAGCUACCCGACAUCCUUCGAUCCAGCCCGAUCUCAGUCCUACUCGCCCGUUUCCUGCACCUCUCCCACCUGCACCAGCGGGACUCGGGACUUUCCAAUACCUGCUUCCUGUGACCCGAACCAGCUCUGCCAUGCGAUGCUCUCCUAUGCCGACGCAUCCACCAGUGAAGGCAACCUUGCCUCGGACACGUUCUUCAUCGGGCCGGGCCGGAUCUCCGGUCUGGUUUUCGGGUGCAUGGACUCAGCCUACAGUUCCAACUCCGAGGAGGACUCCCGGAAUACCGGGCUGAUGGGCAUGAAUCGCGGAUCCCUCUCGUUUGUGUCCCAGAUGGGGUUCCCAAAGUUCUCAUACUGCAUUUCCAGCUCAGACUUCUCAGGGCUUCUCCUGCUCGGGGACGGGAACUUCUCAUGGUCCCUGCCCUUGAACUACACCCCAUUGAUCCAAAUGUCCACCCCAUUACCGUACUUCGAUCGGGUCGCCUACACAGUCCAGCUCGUGGGGAUCAAGGUCUCGGACACAUUACUUUCCCUGCCAAAGUCCAUUUUCGAACCGGACCACACCGGGGCAGGCCAGACUAUGGUGGACUCCGGAACCCAAUUCACAUUCCUGCUAGGGCCCGUCUAUAAUGCCCUGAGGGCAGAGUUCCUUAAGCAAACAACAGGAGUGUUAAGGGUCCUGGAGGACCCGAACUUCGUGUUCCAGGGUGCUAUGGAUCUAUGUUACUUAGUCCAGACCGAUCAAAAAUCCCUGCCUCCCUUACCAUCAGUGAGCCUUGUGUUCCAGGGGGCCGAGAUGACUGUUCCAGGAGACCGGGCUCUGUACCGUGUGCCAGAUCAAGUGAGGGGAACUGAUUCAGUGGACUGCUUGUCUUUUGGGAACUCCGACCUGCUUGGAGUGGAAGCAUUCGUGAUUGGCCAUCACCACCAACAGAAUGUCUGGAUGGAAUACGAUCUCCAAAAUUCCAGGAUCGGGCCGGCACAUGUACAGUGCGAUUCAGCCAGCCAGAACUUCGGUAUCGGGCCUCAAUCAAACCGAAAUCGAGGAUGAUAUUGGCAGAGACAGAAAUUAGAGUAUCGUGUUGAACUAUUUUCUCCAAGGCCUUGCCGUGCUUUUAGUCCUAUAUCUAAUACAUUGUUUUUAUGUAUCAAAUUAGAUAUCAGAUUAGGUAAAUCAAAUAUAUUCAUAUAAUAUGGUUUGAAGCA